AUGCUUGACCACGACUUCCAUCUCGCGACACCGCGCCUGUUCAUAUCCCACCUUAUCCCUACCAACGAUGCUCAUUGCGAUUUCAUGUACGAUCUGAUGCUUAGUCCAGGCAUCGCUAAAGAAAGGCCUGCAGCCGAUGUGCAGAAGGCAAUGAGCGUGCCGCCUCGCGAUGCUGGGAGGAAGUUCAUCACUGACUGUGUUGAUAAAAUGGAGAAGACGGGCUAUGGUCGCUACCUAAUCUCGCUAAAGCCGACCUUAACCUCCGACUCUUCAACACCUGGAAGCAUCGAAGUGCCUUUCUCGCAAAGACAACUAGUGCCAAUAGGCGUCGUAUCAAUGCAACACGCGCGCUUCCCGUCCGCCCCUUCAGCACCAACAAUCCCAGAUGUCGGCUUCGGUUUACUAUCUCGAUAUUUUGGAAACGGCUACGCUACUGAAGCUGCAACGGCUCUGCUGAAGUACUUCAAAGAAGAGAAAGGACAGACAGAGUUUUGCGCCUUUUGUAGACCGGAUAACGAGGCGAGUAAAAAUGCGUUGGCAAGGUUGGGAUUUGAGGCCAGAGGCUUUGGGAGAAUAAACGGUGUUGUGGAGGGAGAAUUGCUGGGUGCGCUGGUAUGGACCAUGGGCGUUGGAAAAGAGGAGAGUGCGCUUGAGGCAAGAGGCUUGUAG